AUGGCUGCUGAUGGAGUGGAUGAACGCUCUCCUUUGCUGUCAGCAUCCCAUUCUGGAAAUGUCACUCCGACUGCCCCGCCGUAUUUGCAGGAAAACAGCCCCCGAGCGGAACUCCCACCUCCUUACACAGCCAUUGCCAGUCCAGAUGCCAGUGGUGUUCCCAUAAUAAACUGCCGUGUGUGCCAAUCUCUAAUCAAUUUGGAUGGCAAGCUUCACCAGCAUGUAGUGAAAUGCACAGUCUGCAAUGAAGCUACGCCAAUAAAAAAUCCACCAACAGGGAAGAAAUAUGUUAGAUGUCCAUGUAAUUGUCUCCUCAUCUGUAAGGAUACAUCUCGGCGAAUAGGAUGUCCGAGACCUAACUGUAGACGCAUUAUUAAUCUGGGCCCAGUAAUGCUAAUUCCUGAAGAACAGCCGGCUCAGCCUGCAUUACCAAUCCAACCAGAAGGGACCCGAGUAGUCUGUGGGCACUGUGGAAACACAUUCCUGUGGAUGGAACUGAGGUUCAACACUCUUGCAAAAUGCCCACACUGCAAAAAAAUUUCCUCAGUGGGUAGUGCACUUCCUCGAAGACGUUGCUGUGCAUAUAUUACCAUUGGAAUGAUAUGUAUUUUCAUUGGAGUUGGAUUAACUGUUGGUACACAAGAUUUUGCCAGGCGAUUUCAUGCAACCUAUGUUUCUUGGGCAAUUGCUUAUCUCUUAGGCUUGAUCUGCCUUAUCCGAGCUUGCUACUGGGGAGCCAUAAAAGUCAGUUAUCCAGAACACAGUUUUGCAUAA